AUGUCCAUGUGUUGUCAAGAAUCAAGAGCCGGCCGCGUCGAGGGCCCGAGGCGUCCAUGUUUCUUCAUUCGGGUGGCUUUGGUGGCUCUCACGUGGCGCGGUCGAUCCUCGAUUUCCCUCCGGCGACUUCACCUGUUUCCCUCCAUGAACAAGGCGAUGCAGGAAAUCCGCGAGCACGGCCUGAUGAAAAAAGCCAAUCACAAGAGCUUUCAGAACUCGCGUCUGCAGGUAGCCGCAACUUGUAACGAGUUGUCGGGAAACCUCGUUGUUUCCCACUUGCGGACCCGCGGGAAUGGAUGA